UUAGACAUCAGAACACAUCAUCGCCCAGAACACAAAACAACUUGUUUACGUUAUAAAAAAUUUAUUGACUCGACUAUUAACUAUCAAAUUCGAUGACGAGUAUUGCCGGCGGUCACGGGGAGCCAAACCCCAACAGCUCCUGGUUGAGUGCACGUGGCUUUUGGCUAGCGUACUUCCUUGGUUUAUUGUCGAUUCACUUGAUAGUCUUAUCUGUGCCCUUUGUCAGUAUUUCUUGGGCCUGGACAGCGACUAACCUGAUACACAAUGCGGCCCACUUGUACUUCUUGCACAUCAUUAAGGGAGCUCCUUGGCUGAGCAUUGAGAACGACCCGAGCCGCCGCUGGACACAUUGGGAGCAGAUUGACGACGGCAUCCAGAUGACUACCACCCGAAAGUUUUUAACAGCCGUCCCUAUUGUGCUUUUCCUGCUCACCUGUCUGUACACCCGCAACAGUACCGAGCACUUUAUAGCCAACUUUGUGUCCCUGGUUGUCGUCACGCUUCCCAAGCUGCCUCAGUUCCAUGGCGUGCGUUUGUUCAACAUAAACAAGUACUAGGAGCCAGGUGCUCAAAGCGCAUUUAUUUAGUUCUUAAAAAGUGUACAUACAAAUAUUCGUAUAUCCCUAAAGUUAUACAUACAUAUUUAUGCUCUGACGACUUCGCUCUUGACCCAAUCCUUAUGUAUGUAUGUAUAGAAUGGAGGAGCGGGCAGAAUUUUCAGAAAAUUCUAUAUUAAAACUAGACAUUAAAUUGGAUUGUAAAUCUAAAUUUAAACAAUAA